UCUGAAACUCCAUUUCCGCCGAGAAAGUUAAAAAAAAAAUGUUCUCGGAAUGUAAGGUAUUUGCAAACAAGAUUUGCCGUUUUCAGCAAAAUGGGAUCACGGCUUUUUCCAAAAUGGCUGCCAUGAUCCGUCCCCUGAUAGUGUGCGGACCAUCCGGCGUGGGAAAAAGCACCUUAGUCUCGAAAAUUCUGGAAGAGUUUCCCGAUCGUUUCGGCUUUUCCGUUAGUCACACGACGAGACAGCCACGACCGGGCGAACAAGAUGGCGUCCACUACCAUUUCACGGAUCCGGAAACCAUGACACAGGCCAUAAAGGAGGGCAAAUUUUUAGAAAACGCAGUAUUCGGUGGCAAUAUGUACGGUACCAGCAAGAAGGCCGUUGAAAAAAUUGCCGCUCAGGGUAAAGUUUGUAUAUUGGACAUCGAUGUCCAAGGAGUGAUACAAGUCAAAACCACAGAUUUGAACCCCUGGAGUAUAUUUAUAAGACCGCCUAACGUGGAGGCUUUGAGGCACAGACUGACGGGAAGAAAGACGGAAACAGCGGAGAGCUUGCUCAAAAGGCUGGGAAAGGCGGAAGAAGAAAUCGAAUACGGGACGCAACCGGGAAAUUUUGAUCUUGUCAUCGUCAACGAUAAUGUCGAAAGGGCUUACGGAGAAUUCAAACAAUUCAUAGUCAAAAAUGUUUUAGUAUUUAAGGGCAACGGCCAUUUGUGAAUGCUUUUAUUAUCAGUAUCAUUCCUUUUGUAUUAAAUAAAAUAAAACGUUUAAAAUAUUA